AUGGACCUCUUCAAUUACCUGCUCGUCGAGCGCUUUGACACACAGACGCGAAUGCAGUGGGAGUCCUCGAUCCGCGAUUCCGUCGACCCGCCAAGCAACGACGUCCUCAUGGACUUCAUAGCGAAGCAGAUCCUCACGCUGAACGCCGUGCAACCAACCACUGCCGCGAAAUCCGGAGACACUUCUCGGUCCGCAAGGUCGCACUUUGUAAAACGCGCAUCCGGUUCGUCAACGUGCGCCGCCUGUAAAGAAAAGCAUUCGAUUAUGCAAUGCUCGACGUUCAAAGCCAAGACCGCUGCCGAGCGAAAAGGCCUAGUAGAAGCAAACAGAUUGUGCUUCAACUGCCUCGGCAACCAUUACUUGGCAAAAUGUCAGUCGUCGAAAACUUGCUUCACUUGCAAGGCACGCCACCACACGCUUUUGCACGACGCAUACUCGCAAUCUGAUGGUGCGAUUUCCUUGUCCACCACACGCUUCGCAUCAGACCGCAAGGCGAUUCUUCUUGCCACCGCACGGGUCACUAUCAAGGACCACGUGGGAAGACCGCACGACAUCCGAGCACUGAUCGACCAAGGAUCAGAGGUCUCUCUAGUCUUAGAGGCCCUGGCACAACGAUUGCGCCUGCCGCGGAUCCGCUCCUCGAUGACGAUAGCCGGGAUCGGAGGAGCCUCUGGAGCAACCCGCGGACGGCUGUCUUUGGCGCACUCCUCGGCAAUAACUGGAGCAACGCUCCCCGUCCAGGCGUACGUCCUGCCGCAUCUCUCCUCGUACCAGGGGCCCAUCGUGCGAGCCAGCGUCACCUGGCCCCACAUACGCGGUCUCCCUCUGGCCGAUCCGCAGUAUUUAGACCGAGAUUCAAUCGAGAUACUGCUCGGUGCGGAUGUCUAUUCCGCCAUCCUUCAGGAUGGACUCCGCAAGGGAGGCAAAGACGAGCCCAUCGCGCAGAAGACCUCUCUCGGGUGGAUCCUGUCGGGAGGACACCAAGCCACGACCCAGAGUAGCCAUGCCGCUCACCAAUGCACCAUAGACCGCCAGCUGACCGACUUGGUGCAGCUCUUCUGGGAGCAGGAGAAGGAGAAUACCGUUCCCGUCGCUCUUACCCCGGAGGAGAGAAGGUGCGAGGACAUCUUCGUCCGCGAGCACUCACGCACCACCGCCGGACGUUACAUUGUGAGGCUUCCCUUCUCCGGAGCUCUACCCUCUCUGUCAGGAACCCGUCGGCCGGCCGAGCGUUUGCUCCAUGCCAUGGAGCGCCGCUGCGACAAGGACGCUCGAUUCGGCAACCUCUACCGCAGCUUCAUGAAGGACUACGAAAACCUGCAACACAUGGAAGCUGUAACCACAUCAUCACAACAAGAAGAUACUGCAAGGUGCUACUUACCGCAUCACGGAGUGUUGCGAGAAACGAGCACCACCAUUAAGCUCAGAGUCGUGUUCAACGGCUCACAGCUCACGACCUCGGGCACCUCGCUCAACAUCAGUCUGCUGACUGGUGCCAAUCUCCUGCCAGUUCUCGCCGACGUACUCCUGCGCUGGCGCUGGCACCGUUACGUCUUCUUGGCGGACAUUGAGAAAAUGUACCGCCAAAUUCUUGUUCAUCCAGACGACCGCGAUCAUCAGCGGAUACUUUGGCGGCACCGUGCCGUUGACGACAUCCGCGAAUACCGCUUGCGAACGGUCACGUAUGGCUUGGCGUGCGCGCCAUUCCUCGCCAUACGGACCUUACACCAGCUCGCCGACGACGAAGGUCACCGAUUUCCACAGGGAGCUGUCGCGCUGCGCCGCGAUACUUACGUGGACGACGUCGUGACCGGCGCGAGCACCCUCUCGGAGGCCACCGCAGCGCAACGGGAGCUCCGCAGCCUCUGCAUGGCGGGCGGGUUUCCUCUUCGGAAAUGGGCGGCCAACCACCUCAGCAUCCUGGACGGCGUUCCGCACGAGCACCGGCUCACCCACUUACCUCACUCAUGGUCUCAUGAGAGCCACACAACGCUCGGUCUUCACUGGCACCCGGCCGGUGACCACUUCACUUUUUCACAACCGACACGUCACUUCGACGAACUUACAAAACGGCGUGUCCUGUCCGAAACCGCACGAAUGUUCGAUCCUCUCGGCUGGAUCACCCCGGUCACAAUGCGGGCCAAGAUCCUAAUCCAGGCCGCCUGGCUCCAGAAGAUUGACUGGGACACUCCACUUCCAUCACCGGACACGCUCGCUUGGCGGAACCUGCUCUCGCAACUUCCGCGCCUCAACGAGAUGAAGGUAUCUCGUUGGCUCGGCAGCGACGGUCCGCACUCACACGUCGAACUGCACGGAUUCGCCGACGCAUCGGAGCGAGGGUACGCUGCCGUGGUGUACCUCCGCUCCUCCACUGGAAGGGGCAUCACACUCCACCUGCUGACCGCUAAGGGCAAGGUCGCGCCCGUGAAGCCCGUGUCCUUGCCGAGACUCGAGCUAUGCGCGGCCGCCCUCUUGACGAACCUCGUCGUUCACACGCGCUCUCUGCUAAGUUUGUCCUCAGCUCCAGUCUUCCUUUGGUCGGACUCCAGGGUCACUCUUCACUGGAUCCACGGACACGCCUCCCGCUGGAAGACCUACGUGGCCAACAGAGUGUCGCUGAUCCAGGAGCGGCUACCCGAGGCGCGGUGGCGACAUGUGCCGGGCAAGGACAACCCAGCUGAUUGCGCCUCCCGAGGAAUUCUGCCCAGCGACCUGGUCGGUCAUCCUCUGUGGUGGACGGGACCAUCCUGGCUUUUAGAGGACCAAACAAGGUGGCCGAACAACGACGGCGCCCUGCUCAACGCUGCUGUGCCGGAGCAAAGGGCCGUCGCCUCACUCUCGGCGGCUGUCAAGGACGUUUCUGAGUCGGCCUUCCUGCUCCGUUUCUCGUCAUUGCACCGACUGCUCAGGGUGACAGCCUGGUGUCUUCGAUGGCGACGGACCGGCACCCGGAGAUCUCGCACCACCGCUGACGCCGCACUCUCACUCACGUCUUGCGAGAUCGAAGACGCACUCCUUCACUGGAUUCGCAUCACACAGACUCUGCACUUCCUCGGCGAGAUCACAGCACUCAGCAAAGGACGCGCCUUGCCAGCCAGAAGUCCUCUCACCAAGCUGAGUCCGUUCCUCGACGACAGCGGUGUAAUGCGAGUCGGAGGGCGACUGAAGAACGCCAUCCUGUCUCACGACGAGCGGCAUCCCAGCAUUAUCCCACCGGAGUCACGGUUGACUCACCUGAUGGUGGACUCCUGCCACCGGCGGACCUUGCACGGAGGAGUGCAGCUCACCCUCGGGUUGCUUCGUCAACGAGUCUGGAUCCCACGUGGUCGAGCAGUCGUCAAGCGGGCGAUCCACCGAUGCGUCACCUGCACGCGGUGGAGAGCCGCCGCACCGCAACCACUCAUGGGCAAUCUGCCCCGGGAACGAGUGACUCCUGCACGCCCGUUCCUGCGCACCGGGGUCGACUACGCCGGCCCUAUCCUCAUUCGGGCCAGCAAGGGACGAGGCCACAAGGCAUCCAAGGGCUUCAUCGCAGUUUUCGUCUGCCUCAGCACCAAGGCGGUCCAUCUGGAGGCAGUCACGGACUACACGGCCGAGGCGUUCCUGGCUGCCUUCCGCCGCUUCGUUUCCCGGCGAGGCCUCUGCAGCGACGUCUUCUCCGACUGCGGCACGAACUUCGUCGGAGCCGACCGUGAGCUGCGGGAGCUGUUCCGCGCUUCCUCUUCCGACGGCCGUCGGAUAAUUCACGCAACAGCUUCCGACGGUGUGAGAUGGAGGUUCAACCCCCCCGCAGCGCCACACUUCGGCGGACUAUGGGAGGCCGCCGUCAAAUCCACCAAACACCACCUCCGAAGGGUCAUCGGCGAAGCCACCCUCACUUACGAGGAAAUGGCGACCCUCCUCACUCAGGUGGAGGCAUGCCUAAAUUCGCGUCCGUUGCAGCCGCUGACGGACGAUCCCGACGAUCUGGCGGCGCUAACACCAGGGCACUUCAUCAUCGGCGCCCCCCUCGUGGCCGUUCCGGAGCCGUCACUCACGUCCGAGAAGGACACCGCUCUAUCUCGGUGGCGGCUUCUUCAAAAAAUGCGCGACCACUUUUGGGAACGGUGGACGCGCGAGUAUCUCAGCACUUUGGCGUCACGACCAAAGUGGACCAAGGACGAAGCCGGCCCGAGCAUCGGCGACCUGUGCCUGCUGCGAUCGGAGAUCACGCCUCCGACGAGAUGGCCACUCGCCCGCAUCACGGCACUGCACCCCGGAGACGACGGAAUUACACGCGUCGUCACCGUCUGCACCGCAUCUUCGGAGUUCACUCGGCCACUCGCGAAGAUCAUCGUCCUGCCAGGAGACAACGCCAGGGCAGACUCAUCACAACCGGAUUCGUGA